AUGAUUGCAGCACAUCGAAGUGGUAUUCAGCUCUUUCCCUAUUUAUUUGGCAAUACAUUUGCGGCACAGUCGAGCAGUAGUGGCGUAUUUGCAUCUGAUAGGUCACCGCAUACACCAGGUAUUUUGAGAAUUGUUCAGUGGUCUUUGAGAAUCGUUCAUCGUAUAUGGAAUAUGUUAAUGUGUGUUUGA